UUGACAUAGACAUGUCUCGCGUGAUUGUGAAAAAUUUGCCAAAGAAAAUCACUGAAGGCAGGCUGCGGGAAAUAUUUUCGUUUGAUGGAGAGAUUACGGAUAUUCGUAUGGUAAAGACGCCAGGAGGACAGUUUCGACGGUUUGCGUUUGUUGGCUACAAGACAGAGAAACAAGCAGAGACAGCAGUCAAGUUCUUCAAUCAAUCAUUUAUAGAUACAUCAAAGCUAGAGGUGGAGAUAGCUAAAACUUUUGGAGAUCCUGAUCUGCCUCGGCCUUGGAGCAAAUAUUCAAGAGGUAGCUCGGCAUUUGAGAAACGACAGACAGCAAGAAAUGUGGAAGAAAAAGUAGACAAGAAGGAAAACGCACACAAGCAUCACAGAUUGGAUUUACUGAGAGAACAGUCAAAGUCUUAUCAGCUUCUGAAGAAACUCUAUGAAGUAGAAGAAGAUCCUCAAUUUCAAGAAUUUCUACAGACAUUGAAGCCUAAAUCUAUCAGAGCAAGAUGGGCUGAUGAUGCAGUUCCGACAAAUUUACAUGAUGCAGUUGACAGACAGGAGAGACUUAGAGUAAGACCAUCAUUUGAAACUGUACCGUCAAAAAAACCAGGAGGAGAAUCUGUUGUGUAUACAAGGUCGCACUUGAAGUUUGAAAGUGAAUCUGAAGAUGAACAAAGUAACACAGAAGAAGAUCACGAGAAUGAUGCGCUGCCAGAUGUAAAACAAGACUCAGCAGUUUCUGACAUGGAGUAUCUAAAGUCAAAAGUUGUGAGACUGGAAGAUGAUGCUAAAACCAAUGAAACUGAAGCCGCUCAUGACUCUGAUCACAGCGAUUCUGAUAGUAGAGGCAACAAUGAUUUAGUUGAUGAUUCAAUAGUUGUAUCAGACGUCGUCUCCUCGUCAUACACACUUAAGAUGCGAGGUCUUCCUUUUGGUGCAUCUGAGAAUGAUAUACAUGACUUCUUUGCUCCGAUUUCAGUCACAGAGAUUCGACUAAUAGCAAAUCAUGAAGGAAAGCCUUCAGGACGAGCAUUUGUUGACUUUUCAUCAUAUGAUGAUCUUCAGAAAGCAUUGAAACGAGACAAGGACUACAUGGAUGGAAGAUAUAUUGAAUUAUUUGUUGAUGAUGGGUCGACUCGUAAUCGACCCGAAAGAGCAACAGAACCCGACAACAGGCCUGAACCAUCUUGGAUAGCUAAGGCAGCAACUCUUCCAGGAGAAGAAGAAUCCAUUGCAGAGUCUGGUCGCUUGUUUAUUCGUAAUCUGUCAUACAUGUGCACAGAAGACGAUCUUCAGAAGUUGUUCAGUAAAUAUGGGCUUCUGUCUGAAGUUCUAAUGCCUCUUGAUCAUACAACUAAGAAACCAAAGGGUAUAGCUUUUGUAACGUUCUUGAUGCCAGAACAUGCUGUUGUGGCAUUUAAUGAGUUGGACAGGCAGAUAUUUCAGGGUCGUUUAAUGCAUAUUUUGCCAGCAAGAACGCCAUUUACAAGGAGUGUUGUACAGAACAGUGAUGACAAUGAGAAGACAUUUAAAGACAAGAAAGAAGACAAAUUUAAAAGCUCAAGUCAGAGCUCUUACAAUUGGAACACACUAUUUCUUGGAGCUAAUGCUGUUGCUGAAGCAAUAGCAGCAAAAUAUCAAACUCACAAGAGUACGAUUCUUGAUCGUGAGGUGUCUCAGAGUCUAGCAGUAAGAAUGGCAUUGGGUGAAACUCAAAUUGUUCAAGAAACUAAAAAGUUUCUAGAGGAGCAUGGUGUACAACUGAGUCUAUUCGAUCAGAUGGUAAAAGAGCGUAGCAAGACAGUAAUUUUAGUGAAGAAUCUUCCAUUCAGCACAUGUGAGACAGAACUUCGAGACACCUUUUCAAAAUAUGGGGAUUUGGGGCGAGUUGUGUUACCACCAGCUGGCAUUACAGCUUUAGUAGAGUUUCUAGAGGCAAGCGAAGCAAGGAAGGCGUUUACAACAUUAGCGUACACAAAGUUUAAGGACAUUCCUCUCUAUUUGGAAUGGGCACCUUUACAGUCUUUUUCAACUUCUUAUCAGCAAGUGAACAACCAUAUGGAGGAUCAAGCCGCUGAAUUGUCUGAUAGUGAUGAUGAGAAUAAUGCAGUGGAAGGUGGCCAUCAAUGCACUCUGUUUGUUAAGAACAUAAAUUUUAAUACAACAGACGACAAACUAAAAGAGGUGUUUUCAAAGUUUGGUUCUCUCAGGUCAGCUGUAAUUGCCAAGAAACAGGAUGUUCGGAAGCCUGGGCAGUUUUUGUCUAUGGGCUAUGGCUUUGUAGAAUUUAAAACAGAAAAGAGUGCCAAAGAGGCCUUGAAAAAACUGCAGGGUUGUUUUGUUGAUGGGCACAGUCUUGAGUUAAAAUUUUCUCAUCGUACAUCAAAAGCACUGGAAGGAGUGUCUUCUAAGAAGUCUAGAAAAAGGAAGAAAACUUCUGCAAAACUUCUUGUACGGAAUGUUCCUUUUGAAGCAACAAUCAAGGAGCUUCGACAGAUAUUAGGUUCAUUUGGAGAGAUUAAAACUCUUCGGUUACCAAGGAAAGCGGGUGGAUCACGUAGUGGCCAUCGUGGCUUUGCAUUUGUUGAAUAUUUAUCAAAAGAAGAAGCAAAAAGGGCAAUGAAAUCGUUGGCAGUCAGCACUCAUUUGUAUGGUCGUCGUCUUGUUUUGGAGUUUGCUGAUGAGGACGAUACUGUUGAUUCACUAAGAAAAAAGACUGCAGAACAUUUCCAUGGCACUGCAGAAAAGAAACCAAAGCUUUUUGGGGGUGCAGACCAUACUAAAGAUGACUAAUGUUGACAAUGUGUUAUAAGCAAGCUACACUUAUGUCAUUUAUUAUGAUGACUAAACAACAAAUUACUUCUAUGAAGUGCAAUUCCGAUUUAAUUAUAGAAUUGAAGUAAAAAGAACAUCUGUAUGGAGAGAUAGUGAUUAAUUCUUGCAGGAAACUGCACUGUAUGCAGUUAUGAAUUGUUUCACCUAGAUGAACUAAACAAUCUAGGUGAUGAAGUCAAACAUUAAUUAAGAAAUAGUCCAGUUGUGUUUAUCAUUUCUCUAGUAUCUGUGAGCUGCUUAGUAGCUUGCACUGUGUAAUUUUAACUUACAGGCAAUGGUCACAUGCAGAACAAGUGAUUUUCUAUAUUGACAGCUGCACCUGAUUCUGAUUCAAUACUGUACAGAAGUAUAGGA